CGUGCAGAGGAUGAUCUAGUUGAUUUCAGCGUUCUUGUUCACGUUUCAGCGUGCACCUGUUUAUCUCGCAGAAUUAAAGCUCCGUGUGAAUGAAACAGCAGAUGCUGGAUGUGUCAAACAAACAGAGAAUGCUGGAGAAACUCAGCUGGCCGGGUAGCAUCUGUGGUGAUGGAGAUCUGUGCCUUCAUCAGAAUUGUCACAGACCUGAAACCUCAACGUUACUUUUCCUUCUAUGGAUUCUACCUACUAAGCCUUCUAAAAGAUUGACAAAGUUGACUACUAGUAAGCAGUUGAGAUCUGAAACCGAAUCAAAGACGUCUUCCAAUACAUCAGUGCAAUCCUCUCGACAAAAAUCAUUGCAGAUUACAUCAGAACAGUUGUUCAUCAAGCCUACUACACCAGGUCUUAAACGGAGAGAUUCUUUUGGAUCACGUAAAUCAGUUGCCGAGGAUUCCAGUGAAUCAGGCACAUUGCUUAGGAGUUCAAAAAGCGUGCCAAAUCUGAGCGAUUCACCAAAUUUGUUCACCACACCGAAGUCUCCCUUGCCUGCAACACCCAGUCAGAGACCAGCAUCAACACACACUCCGAGACAAAGAUUGAGCCACUGUGUCACAUUCCAACGUGGUACACCAAAACCACUUGCUGCUUCUCAAAACUCCUCCCUGAAGAAGUCGUACAAAGAAGAAAGCAAAGGAUCAGACAUGGGCUCCUCAAUGGAGGAAUGUAUUGGGAAGACUAAAGGGGCUCGAGUAGUACCGUCUCGAUUUCGAGAAGCUGCAGCAUUGAAAAAGAAAGUGGUCAACAAGGGUCCUGAGAAAAGUUCAGAGCUUGUCUUAAAACGACUAAAUGUAAAGAAAAAAUGUAUGGACCUUCACUCGACAGGGCUUGAAGAAAGUGCACUAAUGCCAUCUCUGAACUGGGAUUUGUCAGCCAUGAAACCUGAAUUAUCUGCAAUUGAAAUGCCAGAGUGUACUAAUUCCAUACUAGAACCUGUUUUGUCUCCAACACUGUCUGAAGACGAUGCAGUUGAAGUGCACAAUUUUGAUGCAUUGCUGUUCUCCUACCUGGCUUCUAAGAGGGAAAAUAAUUUGGAAAAAUACCAAGAAAGGGCAGAAGAGUGCUUACUUCAGAUUGAAGAAGAAAACCAGCAUUUGCGGAAAGAAAUAUUUCAACAGAAACAGGAUCUCCUUUUGCUGGAGAAAAGCAAGCAACUAGAUGGGAUGAUAGAGCAGCAGGUGGAGCAUUUAAGACCUGUGGUGGCAUCUAUUCAACUGUUCAAAACACAGUACAAAUCUUUUGGUCAGGCACUUGAUACAACAAGGCACAGCCUUCAAACGAAGAACAUUUAUAUGUCAGAAGAUCUGAGGAUGUUUUUGGAGGAAUUGAAAAUUCAUCUAAGAACAACAUGUCAGGUUUUAGGCAAACGUGGAUUUGGACUAGACAGAAAGAAUUCAAAAGCUGGGAUUGAACUUGGAAAAGCAGCUGCAAAGACAGAUACAGAGAUGAAGAGUUUCUUUGCGAAGAUUGAGGAACUGGCCUCCUGCAUCAGCAGAGAGACUACACUUCUACAUCAAGAGUUGGAUGAAGAAGCCUUGGGAAUGAAAGUAUCAGCAAAAGGAAUUUUCAUUUAGCCCUCUUCCUCUUUAUUAUAAGUAACAUUUCAUUUAUAUAUAAUAAAAUUUUUCAUCUUGUAUUUUAUGCAGUCAGUCAACAAAUUUUCUUUUUUGGAUAUGAUCAUGUGGAUGCAUGUAUAGUGCUUGUCAUAAUAAAACAAAAAGAACUGCGGAUGCUGUAGAUCUGAAACGAAAGCAGAAAUUGCUGGUGAAACUCAGCUGGUCUGGCAGCAUGUGGGAGAAGAAAGCAGAGUGAAUGUUUCAAGUCCAGUGAAUCUUCAUCAGAACAGGGCUGAAAACAUUAACUCUGCUUUCUUUCCACAGACAUUGCCAGACCUGCUGAGUUUCACCAGCAGUUUCUAUUUUUGAGUAUUGCUUGUUAACCUGCAUAAAAUUGACCAUGUAAUGUCACUCUGCAUUCCUUAGUUUGCAUCACUUGGUUGCUAGAGUGAUUAUUUUUCACCUCCGAUAUGUUUGGAGGCUAAAAGAAAAAUUGUGGAAAUUUCUGAGCAGUCCCCUUGCAAAUUUAAAUGUCGUCCUUGGGUUGGGUGCUCCACCUGCGUCUUUUGGAGGUUCUGUAUAUCUUAAGGAGGCAAAUAGGGGUAAAGCAUUGAGUUUUUCAUUCAUGAAAACUUGUUGCACUUUCUAGGCGUGUUUCAUCUCUUCAAGGGCCUCCUGCUGCUUCAGUCUUUGUGGUGUUUUGAACUGGACUUCUGAGAUUAGUCAUCAGUUAGUUUCAGCACUCAAAUUCAGUCAAAUGAAACUUGCAGGAAGAGAAUACACAAACACAUCUCUUAGUUUGCCAUUACCCAGUAGUUUUAAUAAAUAAAUAGAGAAGUGACUAAAGAGAAAUGUACCCGUAUCUUCCCUUAGAAUAUUUGACAACUCUGUCUGUUCUGUGGCAUAUGGCUUCUAUUGAAGUUUCUUUAUUUUUGAUGUAAUGAGCUUGUCAUGCUGGUUCUAUGUAUUUUGUUUUCGCCAUAAUUUUCUCUCCGGUGUGAAAAGUUUGUUAAUGGUGGGCUCAAGGUAGAAAUGGAUAUGAGAAGAAAGUCAGUUUUGCACACUUGCUAAUCCCAGUCUUUCUUUUACUCCUUGAGCUGUAAAUAAAAUAAAAUUCUAAAUUGUGUAUUUUCUAAAAAAAACUGUUUUAGAUCAAACCCUGUUCGACAAUAGGAUUGUGCACACAAUAGGAUUUGUGCAUACUAAAUUCCUGUGGUUUUUUUCUGACUAGUCGUAAAUGUCUGUUUUGCAAUUCAGUUCAAUUCAACAAGGCCCUUAUAAAUUAAGAUGUCCUAUAAGCAGAUUGCAACAAGGCUUGAGAAGAAAUUGCCUUUGUUUUCUUCAACUUGUGAAGUUGUUCCCCAAUUCACAAAGCUGUUUUAUUCCUGUGUCCUUAAAUGUUACCACUACUGUUAUGGCACUUGACUGUAAUUUAUGCACUGCCAUAAAUGCUUAAUUCUUUAAAUUAUUUUUGGCUUUUUUCUAUCCGGUUUAUCAAUUAUUUUUAUGUAAUGCCUCCUCCUAUCUUUGGUCUCCUCUGGGGAGCAACUAGGCACCAGACCGCUGGCAAAAAUAACUUUUUUUCCUAAGAUCAUAAGACAUAGGAGUGGAAGUAAGGCCAUUCGGCCCAUCAAGUUUACUCCACCAUUUAAAUCAUGCCUGAUGGGCAUUUCAACUCCACUUCCCUGCACUCUCCCCGUAGCCCUUGAUUCCUUGUGAGAUCAAGAAUUUGCCAAUGGAUGCCUUCAAGGCAGAGAAUGUCCCAGCCUCUACUGCGCUCCGUGGCAAUGAAUUCCACAAGCCCACCACUCUCUGGCUGAAGAAAUGUCGUCUCAUUUCUGUUUUAAAUUUACAUCCUCUAAUUUUAAGGCUGUGCCCACGGGUCCUAGUCUCCCCACCUAACGGAAACAACUUCCUAGCGUCCACCCCUUCUAAACCAUACAUUAUCUUGUACGUUUCUAUUAGAUCUCCCCUCAACCUUCUAAACUCUAAUGAGUACAGUCCCAGGAUCCUUAGCCGUUCAUCGUACGUUAAACCUACCAUUCCAGGGAUCAUCCGUGUGAAUCUCUGCUGGACACGCUCCAGGGCUAGUAUGUCCUUCCUGAGGUGUGGGGCCCAAAAUUGGACACAGUAUUCUAAAUGGGGCCUAACUAGAGCUUUAUAAAGCCUCAGAAGCACAUCGCUGCUUUUAUAUUCUAACCCUCUUGAGAUAAUGACAACAUUACAUUUGCUUUCUUAAUUACGGAUUCUAUCUGCAAGUUAACCUUUAAAGAAUCCUGGACCAGCCUAUGAUCAUGUUGUUCGCAUAUCUUGCUUUCACCUUUUUACUUUACAUACCUUUGCUGAAGUGCAUGUUCUCUGCUGAGCCAAGUAACUAGUGCUAUCCAGAGGAAGAAGUUGUUUUGAGGUUUAUUACACAUGGGAUUUGGUAUUGCACCUGGCCAUUUUUAUUGUGUGAAUUGGAUGGUGGGUGCUGGCAUCCUAUCUGAUUGGAGAUUGGAAAGGAAGGAGAACCCAGUCAAACCUAAUUCUUUCCUUUGAUGACCUCCAAAUGUGUUCGCUUUCCAACACACAUCACCAACCACCAAGCAGCGUCUAAGCUAUGAUCAGGAAUGCACUCCCUGAAAAGGCAAUGGGAAUGGAUUCAAUAGUAACUUGUAAAGGGAAUUUAGAUAAACAUUCGCAAAAGGAAAAUUUGCAGGGCUGAGGAAAGAGAGGAAUGGAGCUAAUUGGGCGAACAAGGGGGAUAAUGGCCUCCAUCAAGGCAGCAUCAUUCUGAUCUGGGAUUGCUCUUCUGUUGCCAGACAAUUAGCCAGCCAGAAGUAGCAAUUUAAAUCUGUGCUGCCUGGCCCCGAGACUCAGUUCCAGGUUGGAAGGAGUCAUUUCUUACCGUGCCAUUAAUAAAACUCUGCCAAAUUUAGUUUUUUUUUAAAAAAAAAUCUUGAUGCUCACUGUAGACAAUUUGGCUUCAACUUCAAGUUUUUCAAAAAAGUUCAAUGAUUGUACAUUUUAUAAUGAGCAGGUGUUGCCACUGCAUUCCUACAGGCCUUAUGUUGUAAAUACUUUGUCCAGGAACAUUCAUCCAUUACUCAAUUAUUUAGUUAGUAAAUUUGUAAAAGCUUUCAGUGCUGUAGAAAUGAGUGUCCAAACCGUAAAGCAGAGGCUGGUUUUCCUGAAUACAGUAACAAGUUGAAGGAAAGAUCUCCAAACCUGAAUCAACUUGCAAAUUUUGGGCGGUUUGCACCCCUGUGGUCAGUUUUUACAGUUCAGUAAUGGUUUGAACCUCAUUGAGUUUUAUCACUUGUAGUAUCAGCCUCUUUCAUCUGCAGUAAUUGCUAGUUUUCCUUUUGUAGGAGCCCCAGGGCAACAUUGGUUUCAGUAUUGCCGUGGGAAACGUCUGGCCAAUUGCUGAAGGCAGGACUGGAAGUGCCUCUGAAAGGAGGCAGGAAUUAGAACAUGAGAUAAAUUAAAGGGAGUGGAUUA